UUUUCAUUGUGCGGCGACAAAAACCAAGCACAGUAACAACAAGAGCAGGCCGUGAGUUUUUUGACCAAUUCGCAGAGCUUCGACUGCUUUGCCACAACUUGGCUUGGUGACGGUGGCUGGCGGUGCUUGGCACGGCGACUAGCUUUGUUGUUGUUGUUUUUGCAGUGCGUAUAAAUUGUUAAAUAUACAUACAUAUGUAUGUAUUUAUUUAUAUUUUACUACGCACGAGUACAAAGUGUACAAAUUUGCAUUAAUGCAGAGCGUAUGAAUGAACAAACACAUCCGAGUAUGUAUGAUAAAGCAGAUAAAGCGAAAGAAAGCAAAAACUAAUUACGAAAACAAACACAAUUAACCGUGAAAAUUGUAAAAGGAAAAUAGUGCAAAUAACAAUAUGGUGUUCUACAUUACGUCUCUUGGCCGAAAAUCUGAGCCGCCUGAUAAAAUUAUAACGACAGAAAAAAGCAUGGCCUGUCUACAAGAUGAAUUCGGUCACUUAGGGCUUAGUACCGAUCUGCCAUUCAAAUCCCCGGACUCUCCGUCUCACUUACAACACCACACCAACUAUGCCGAGAUCACAGAUAGCAGCGCAGAGAACACAUGCCAGCAACGAUGGCCUCAUAAUAAUACCGGCGCUGCUGGCUUUUUCGGACAUCCUGAUAAGCCCAUUGGCUGGAUGUAUGGUCUGCUAGGUUGCAUGAAGCCGGUGCUCUCUUUUAUUGGCAAGGCUGGCGUAAUCGAGGUCAAGCACCAACGCAGCGAGGACUGGGAGAUACCCUUCGAAUCUAUCUCUGAUCUGGUAUGGUUGGGCAGUGGGGCGCAAGGUGCUGUCUUUAGCGGCAAGCUGAAAAACGAAAUAGUGGCCGUCAAAAAAGUGAAGGAGCUUAAGGAAACAGAUAUAAAGCACUUGCGCAAACUGGACCAUGAAAACAUCAUCAAGUUCAAAGGCGUUUGUACGCAAUCACCUGUUUUUUGUAUCAUCAUGGAGUACUGCCCUUAUGGUCCGCUACAAAACAUACUCAAAGAGGAGCAAAACAUGUUGCCGUCCCGCUUGGUUUCUUGGGCUAAGCAAAUAGCCAUUGGCAUGCAAUAUCUGCACUCUCACAAAAUCAUCCACAGAGACUUAAAGAGUCCCAACAUACUGAUAAGUACAAAUGAAGUUGUAAAAAUCAGCGACUUUGGCACCAGCCGCGAAUGGAACGAGAUUAGCACGAAGAUGAGUUUUGCCGGCACUGUGGCCUGGAUGGCACCUGAAGUCAUCCGGAAUGAGCCAUGUUCAGAGAAGGUCGACAUUUGGUCAUAUGGUGUAGUGCUUUGGGAAAUGCUCACUUGCGAAAUACCCUAUAAGGAUGUUGACUCGUCGGCCAUAAUCUGGGGUGUGGGAAACAAUUCACUCAAGCUUCUGGUUCCCAGUACCUGUCCCGAAGGCUUCAAGCUUCUGGUCAAGCUUUGCUGGAAGAGCAAGCCACGCAACCGUCCAUCGUUUAGACAAAUACUCUCGCAUCUGGACAUAGCCGGGCCAGAGCUUUUGCGCAAAACGGAAAACGAAAAACAAUAUUUUGAAACACAAAAGUCGUGGAAGGAGGAGGUUCGCUCGCAUCUGAAGGAAAUCACCCAAAACGGUACCAGCAUACACAAAUAUGAGCAGGAUUUAAUAAAACGACGCAAGGCGGAGUGGAGACAUGCACAUGACAUACGCAUGGUGUAUGAGGACAAGUUGGAAAAGACAAAUCGAUUGUUCUUCGAGCUAAGCGAAUGCAUGUCCCAGCUGCAGGAAAAGGAAAAAGAGAUAGCUGAACGAGAGCGUAAGUUACCUGGUGGUUACAAGCCCACGAGGCGUCUCGGCAAUACGCUAAGGAAGAUGCAACACUAUCGUCGGCGGCUUAACGCCCCAAAUACGGGUAUACAACAGCAGCAGCAAUCCACAACGCCAGAUCCCGAGACGACCCCAGAGAGCCCUGUUAAAUGCGUACUGUACGCCCAGUUAGACAGCAAUUGCCAACCCAAAUCCUACUGCGCUGUCGGAGGCAUGGGUAACAAGCCGAAGAAAACUUGGCGUCAUAGACGAAACGGGUCUGGUUCGUUUGCCGCACCGCCGAAGUACAGUCCAACACGCGACCGGCGCUAUCAAAGUGAGCCGGAAAACCGAAAGGUGCAGCUAGUGGAGCGACAAACUCAAACGGACGCUAUGGAUGUAAGCGAAACGGACAUUAGUCCAAGCGGCGAAUUGCCAGUAGCGCUUCUGGCCAACAGGUCGCAGCCCAUAGAUGUGCCGCCGCCCACUCAUCGUCAACUUCCGCUGCAGCUUCAGCGCGUACGUGAAAUGGCCGCCGCUCAGGAGCAGGCUAAGGCAACUGCAGCCACUGCCACUAGUCCAUCGAAUGGAAAUUCGCUGAGCAAUAGCGAGCUGACUUUUCAAGAUGCCUGUUCCAGCCCUGAUCAGCUUAUUGACGAUGUUAUGAACAGCAACGAGCGGCUGGAUAUUGCAGAGUGCUGCAGUGAUAACGAAAACUUGGAGCGUCUGAAUCGAAAAGUCAUUGAAUUCAUCAACGAGAACCGUUUGUCCAUACACUCCACAACGACCGAGAAUGGCAACAGCCAUGUGGCUGGGGAACGAACAGACGUAGGCGUCAAUAGCAGUCCUUGCCUAAGUCGCUGCAACAGCACGCAGGGAAAAUCUUGUAGAUACUCCUCCCGUCAGCCACAUCAACAGAAGGCGCUCACCGAAACCACAGCAGUGGCCAACUCAAAUGCGAAUGGCGAGGCUCACGAAGAAUUUUGCGAGGACAGCUGGUCUGAUGAGGAGGGCGAGGAAACAGAUUACAACUUUUCACUUAGGCGCCGAAGCAUUGGUCGGCUGCCCAUUGGACGAGGUAUGCGAACACGUCGUAGCUACAAGGCUCCAGUCUCCCAGAAAAUUGCCAUACACAAACGCAAUCCCGCCAUUGCAUCAGACGAGGAGAACACUUCAGAAUACAGUCACUCUCCCUCGAGUCAGCACUCAACAUUGGAGAGCAAUGCUGAUGUCCCAGCAGCGCUUAAAAUUCAAAACGCUCCAACUACAACGACGACCAGCGACCCAGACUCAAGUGAUUCAAGCGGUGAAGAGGAACAGCAGGGUCCUAUCACUGCUGAUGUUGCAGUGGCAAUUAAUCCUUCCAACAUACCUAUGGGGACUGUACGCAGCAGCGAUAUUAUAUCCAUACCGACCUAUGAGGCUGACGGCGCCGUUAAUAUGGUUUAACCUACUACCCAGCCUAAGUUAAUUCUAUAUAACAUAACUAUCUAUAUACUCAAAAACUCCCUAAAAAUGUAUGGUAUUAUCUUAUAGGUAUAGUACUUAUGUAUGUAUUUGAACUCGUGUACAUGUAUUCGUCUCUCUAGUUUAAGACAUCGAGCGUUGACCAGUCAAGGCGUUGACCGCUUUAUGGUCUGAUCGUGUCUGUUUCAGGGUAAGGGUAACCUUUUCUGUCAUAUUUUCUGGAGAUUUGACCAUGAUCGAAUUUCUACCAUUUUUUGUGCUGCAGCUUUAUUCAAAAUGCAAUUAAAUUGUUAUUGUUUUAGCUGUCUUGUAAUAUAUUUAAAUGCCGUAAUUUUAUAUAUGUACUAUGUAAAUAGAAUAAGGUAGUUCUCGAUCUUAAGAGCUUAUCGCAAAAACGUCAACGCAGUUUUAUGAUUUGCCCACCAGAUAGUAAAGAGCCAGAGCUAAAAAGAAAUGGCCUUAAUAAGGAAAAAUAUGAAAAAUAGUCAGGGAUAUUUUUUAUAAAACAAAAUUUGCUGAAACAAAAUGUUCAAAGAAGCGCAUCAAACAAACUUGUAGGUCCUCCCCAGUUGUAGGUCCAUCUGGUACUCUAACAUCCUUUCAAAAUGCAAAACAUUUAAAAGCUUCAGUGCCUUAAAGCAAAAUUUUAAAUAUUUAAAAUUAGAUAUGUACAUAAAUGAAAUCAUUAGCCAGCGGCUUGUCGUGGCUUCUACGCUCUUUCCAGGAGUAGGGAUUUUCUUUAUUCCUGAUUACGUUAUUCUGUUGAAUAUCAAUAUUGUUUCGAAUUAAUGUCAAAACAAUUAUUACAAUUAUUAUUGUAAUUAUUUUUCGAGCUUUUGUCUGUCUGCCACAUAUACAAUUUUUUACGCUUCACAUAAUUUUAUUAUACUGUGCUUAUAGCCUAGCCGGCAGUAAAACUUACCUUAAAAAGUUUCACCUCUCUCUUUGGAAAUUGCUAGCAUGUAAAACGAAAUACAAACUUAAAUAAAACUCAACAAAUAUACAUAUACACUCAAUAUAUAGUAUAUACAUACACACCAAACAGACUAUAUAUUUACACCCUAGUUGGAUGUUUAGCUCUAGUAAGAUGCGUUGCUUGCAUAUUCCUCUACAUUAUGUAAAUGUACUCUAUAUUAAGUUUAAGUUUAACUACUCAUACGAAUUAGCAAUAUUAUUAAUAAAAAAAAAGCAAAA